UUAUUGAAGCGUACAUACAUAAGUUACAAGCGGUUCCAAAUUUCCAAUUAAAAUGCAAUACCUACAUGUAAUCAUUUUACUUUGCUUCACCUUAGCUGUAACUGCCAUGUUUACAAACAAUGGCUUGAAACAAAUAAAGCUAAGACUGACCGAAGGCAAAACUAAGCUCGAUUUGAGAAAUGUUAAAGAAAAAAGGAUCGAGCAGCCACUAGAUCAAUAUGAUCCACAUGAAAAUAGAACAUUGCAAAUGAGAUACUUCGAGAAUUUCGAGAAUUGGAAACAAAAUGGACCUGUGUACGUGUAUAUUGGCGGAGAAGGGGAGGAGAAUGGAGAACUUAUAGCGAGCGAUAACAGAUCGUUAAUAGUUCAACUAGCCAAGGACACGAAUGGUGCUAUGUUAGCUACGGAACACAGGUAUUAUGGAAAGAGUUUGCCCAACAUUACUAAGGACGAUAAAAUUAAAUAUUUUAAAUAUCUAAGCUCCAAACAAGCACUAGCAGACAUCGCAAUGUUGAUAAUGAAGUUGAAAUCGGAUCCUAAGUUCGCGAGCUCACCAGUGGUGGUGGUCGGCGGGUCAUACGCAGGCAACCUGGCGGCCUGGAUGCGUCUGCUGUACGCCGAUGUGGUGGACGCAGCGGUAGCCAGCAGCGCCCCUGUCCUUGCCAAGAAGGACUUCCAUGAGUAUUUAGAUACUGUUCGAUAUACUUUUGCUAAAUACGGAACUAAAAACUGUCUACAAAAUAUCGAGAAGGUAUUUAAAAGAAUCGAAGAUUUAUUGAAAAGCAGUGCUGGAAUUGAAACGUUAAAAAAAGACUUAAAUAUUUGCCCAAAAAAUGAUCUGACUAAGUUAGAAAAUCAGCAAUGCCUAUUUGAUAAAUUAUAUGGUAAACUCAAAUUCACCGCGCAGUAUGGCCAGGUGUCCAAUGUCAAACAUGUUUGCGGUGAUUAUGAACCUACUAAAAAGUUGACACUUGAUCUAGAACUCUCUUUAAAUAACGAUACGUUAGAAGACGACAAUUGUGUAAAUGUUGAUGAUUGUUGGAACAUUGUAGACCAGGAUGACAUAGCAUGGACAUAUCAAUUUUGCACCGAGUUUGGUUACUUACAAACAACAUCAUCUGAAAAGCAGCCCUUCGUUCACUGGGGGCCUUUGGAGUAUUGGUUCAAAAACUGCAAAGGUUUAGUGGAAGGGGACAUCGAAAAGAGAAUUGACGAGGGCGUGGCGAAGACCAAUAAAAUGUAUGGGGGGCUGAGUCCUAAGGUGAGCAAAGUGGUGUUCCCACACGGGGACAUGGACCCGUGGCACUCACUCGGGGUGCUACAGGACCUAGGACCCGACGCGCCGGUGGUCAUGGUCAACGGUACUGCACAUGGUGACAUACUAUUUGUUAGAGCCGGGGAACCAGCAGAAAUGAAGGAAAAAAGAAAAUACGUAAAGGAACUGAUUAAGAAAUGGAUUUCAAAUCAGUAAUUUGAUAUUAUUUUUU